CCAAGCUCCCGGCCGGGGGUACAGGACAGCUGUGGGCAGAGCCCUGACGGCACUGUCACUUCCCCCGGGGAGACAGCAGGCGUCCACACUUGCGUGCGGGGCACAGGGAGCAAACAGGAGGCGGUGCUGCUGGGCCCGGGGCGGCCAGCAGGGGGCAGAGCAGCCCGGUGGGAGGGCGGGUAGGAGUCUGGGUCCUCGCCCAGCGGGAUGAGAAACAAGCAACCGGGCUGAGGGAGAUCCGCUGGCCCCUCGAGCUGAUGAGGCCUUCACGGCCAGUGUUCCUGAAAAGCCUUCCGCCUCCAGCGCCUCAGCGGCCCGACUGGAAGGGGGAGUGGCCUCAGCCCAUCUGCGGGGAUCGGGGACCGCCGGCGGCUGAGGAUGGACCCCGCUCCUCCUGCAAGACCACGCCCCAUGGGGCUAGGGACACAGCUUUUCAGGACAGCCGGGGUGGGGUUGGAGCAGGCCACGCCCAGCCACGUGCGGGUCACCGGGGAUCCGGCGGGAAGACUCUUAAACCGGUGGCGCCGGGCUCGGCGGACAGCGGCGGCUGCGACCCCUCGGACCAGUGCCCACCCCAGGCCCGCUGGAGCAGCCUGUGGCACGUGGGGCUCAUCCUACUCACUGUCCUGCUGCUGCUGCUGUGCGGGGUCACUGCCAGUUGCAUCGGGUUCUGCUGUCUCCGAAAGCAGGCACACACUCAGACUCACCUGUCCCCGGCGUGGCAGCCCCGUGACCUGACAGCCAUCCCCGUGGACAGUGACAGCCCUGUGCACAGCACUGUGACCUCCUACAGCUCGGUGCAGUAUCCACUGGGCAUACGGCUGCCGCUGCCCUUUGGGGAGCUGGACCCAGACUUCAUGGCCCUGCCGGCCUAUAGCCUGUCCACCUUGGAGCUGCCACCCUCCUACGAUGAGGCCAUCAAGAUGGCGAAGCCCAGAGAUGAGCUGGCUCCUCCCCAGAAACCAGGUCCUCUCCCAGGGCCCUCGGGCCUCGGGACCACCCCAAGGCCCCAGGAGCCAGGUCCCAAUGCCCAGUAGCCCUGCUGCCCUGUAAAGGGAGCAAGAGAGCUCUCCUGGAGCCACAGAACCAGGGCUCGGAGUCCUGGAGCCAAGGACCCCAGCCUGCCCCCAUCCUUCCCCCGGGAAGGCUGCCAUUCAGCACAUUGCUGCAGCCCUGGCCUCGUUGCUAUGUAACGCAGUCACCAGCCCCAUGCUGGCCACCCCCAGGCAGGCUGCCGCUCUCCGCCCCAGCCCCUGGCCUGGCUCACAGGCCUCAGUCUGGAAGAGGCACCAAGGGCCUGAGCUGCGUGAGCUCAGGGCCAGCCGUGAUGUCCACAGCUCCUUUAGGGGAGAAUAAAGUUCAUGUCUAAGUGGUC